AUGCUCAUAUGUCGUUCGCACCCCUGUCUAGCACAUAUUUUUCGCCGUUCGGGCAGCUCGGCUGCGGCCGGCAUCGUUUAUAGCAAACCGGAGAAGUUCGACGUGGUCGUGGUGGGCGGCGGAAUCGUGGGCUGCGCGACGGCGCGUGAGAUUCUGCUUGAGCGGCCGAAUCUGAAGGUGGCCGUCAUUGAGAAGGAGGCCCAGCUUGCGCCUCAUCAAAGUGGGAACAACAGCGGCGUCAUCCACGCGGGCAUCUACUACACUCCGGGCAGCUUGAAGGCCAGGUUAUGCGUAGAAGGGAUGAAGCUGGCCUACGAGUUCUUCGACCGUCGCAAAUUCCCCUAUAAAAAGACGGGCAAGCUGAUCGUGGCCGUCGAGCCGGUGGAAGUGGAUCGAUUGAUGCACCUCUACGAGCGCGGCGUGCAGAACGGGGUGCCCGACUUGGAGCUGGUCGACGGCGACCGCAUCAAGGAGUUCGAGCCGCAUUGCAAGGGGCUGAAGGCAAUCUGGUCACCGCACACCGGCAUCGUCGAUUGGGGCGCCGUCACGCGGGAAUAUGCCAACGACUUCCGGGAAAAGGGAGGCGAGGUGCUCCUCCACCACCCACUCCGUGCAUUCGGGCAAUCCGGCGAUCCGGAAUAUCCGGUACGGAUCGUGUCGGACGCGGACAAGGCCCCACUAUUAACGAAAUACGUGAUCACCUGCGCCGGGCUGCAGUCUGACCGUGUCGCUCAAUUAUCCGGCUGCUCCAGGGAUCCGAAGAUUGUCCCAUUUAGGGGUGAAUACUUGCUGCUGAAGCCGGAGAAGCGGCACCUCGUCAAAACGAACAUUUACCCGGUUCCCGAUCCGAGAUUCCCGUUCCUCGGCGUCCACUUUACACCGCGAAUGAACGGCGACGUGUGGCUGGGCCCGAAUGCGGUGCUAGCGUACAAACGUGAGGGCUAUUCGUAUUUCUCCGUGUCGCCGCGGGACCUGUUCGAGUCGCUGUCUUAUAGCGGAAUGCAAAAGCUGGUCGGCAAGUACUUCAACUACGGCAUCAAAGAGUUCUACCGCGGCAUUUUCAUCCGUGCACAGGUGAAGCAGCUGCAACGUUUCGUGCCCGAGCUCAAAUUCUCCGACGUCACACGCGGCCCAUCCGGUGUACGCGCCCAGGCAAUGGACGCCCAAGGGAAUCUCGUCGACGAUUUCGUCUUUGAUGCAGCGGAAGGAGACCCCGGCGCCACCUCGUCGCUGGCCAUCGCGAAGAUGAUCACCGAAAGAGCGCAGAAGCUGUUCAACUUU